AUGGCGAUGUCAUUCUCAGGAGCUCUUCUCAGUGGGAUUGGUUCUUCUUUCCACAGCGGAGGAGCCAAGCUUAACGGUGUAGGCACCGUCAAAGUUGGCCGGAGGACUGAACUCAUCGUUGUCGCUCAGCGCAAGAAGUCGUUGAUCCACGCCGUUAAAGAUGAUGACGGCAACAUCCUCGAUGACCUCAACGAAGCCACAAAGAGAGCUUCGGAUUACGUGACAGAGAAGACAAAGGAGGCUUUGAAAGAUGGCGAGAAAGCGAAAGAUUACGUUGUUGAGAAAAACGUUGAAGCCAAAGAUACCGCGGAGGAGGAAGCUAAGAAUGUUUUGGAUUAUGUGACGGAAAAAGGAAAAGAUGCUGGAAACAAAGCGGCUGAGUUCGUAGAGGGUAAAGCAGGAGAGGCUAAGGAUGCCACAAAGUCCUGA